AGGCAUGCAAACUGCUUCAACAAACAUUUGUGAAAGAAUGGGUCGCUCUCAGGAGCUCAGUGAAUUCAAGCAUGAUACUGUGAUAGGUUUCCAUCUGUGCAAUAAGUCCAUCCGUGACAUUUCCUUACUUCUAAAUAUUCCACAAUCAACUGUUAGUGGUGUUAUAACAAAGUGGAAGCAACUGGGAGCAACAGCAACUCAGCCACCAAUGGACUCUAGAGCAGUGGAGACAUGUUCUCUGGAGUGACGAAUCGCAGUUCUCUGUCUUCUCUGUCUUGCAAUCCGAUGGAAAUUUCUGGGUUUGCCGGUUGCCAGGAGAAUGGUACUUGCUUGACUGCAGUUUGCCAAGUGUAA